AUGAAUGGGGUCAUCACUAACCCUGAGAAGGGUUCCUCAGUUCACAUGCUCCUGCCUCCAAAGGGUGGGUGGGUGGGUGUGUCCCACGUCUGUCCUCCAACUGGGGGGACAUGUUCCUUUAAAGCCGCUAACACUGCCACAACAAUUCUGAAAUUCAUAGAUAUUAUAUUAAGAUUGUCAUCACAGGGAAAGAUGGAAAGCAGAGUGGUGUUUGAGACUCAUCUCAACCUCAAGGCAACAGAACUUAGAUUGGGAUUGCCAGGGACACAGGAAAACGAAGACAAAACCGCCCAUUCAUAUGCUGUUGUUAGAAACAACAAAAGGCCAGAACGCGAAACCUCUGAAGACUCUGUUUCCAUUUCAAAGGCCUCACUUGACCAACAACAUGUGCACGCUGUUGCAGCCCCUCAGCUCAAGGCAGAGAUAGUGGGGUGGCCACCAAUCAGAUCCUACAGGAAGAACAGUGUGCAGGAGGGCGAGGGGGAUGGAAUCUAUGUGAAAGUGAGCAUGGAUGGAGCACCUUACCUCAGAAAGAUUGACUUGAAAGUCUACAGGGGCUAUCCAGAACUACUCAAAGCUUUAGAAACCAUGUUCAAGUUGACCAUAGGUGAGUACUCUGAAAGAGAGGGUUAUAAGGGAUCUGAAUAUGCUCCUACAUAUGAAGACAAGGAUGGUGACUGGAUGCUAGUUGGAGAUGUUCCAUGGGACAUGUUUAUGACUUGUUGCAAAAGGCUAAGAAUCAUGAAAGGCUCCGAAGCAAGAGGGCUGGGUUGUGGUGUAUGA